GUGAGCCAAAUAGGAAGCGGCGCAGGCGAGCCUGACAGAUUAUGUGGACGUAUCAGUGAGCGAAAGCAGUUGCUUUCGAAUCAUUUAUUUGGGGUUUUGUAUUCUCAGAAAGAAAGACAUCUCUUUAAAAUGACUGUCUUACAGCUUAAGGGAAACGUAGUGUAGUUUAAUGUGUAUUUAACUAUAUGUAUUAAUAAACUCGGCGACAAUGAUGUCGGAAUGCGACCCGACAGAGACAGAGACCAUCGAGCCAGCGCUGGACACCGGAGCAGCAGCGGUGCCUACUUCAGAGUGUAACUUUCACUCCCCAGAGCCCCCAACGGUAUUAUUUGAUAGAAAUAGGUUAGGUUUGGGGCUUACGGUGAACCCCGGAGUCGCCGUUCGGGUAUCGGGCUCUUGUGAAAGCGUCUUGACCGAGCUGGAGACCGACGGCUCCGGCGAAGAGGCGCUACUGUUACCGUGCUUAGCAGGAAGCUCGUCGUCUCCACGGGGUGUACGAGAGAAGCGGAGCAGGCGGAACAGACACAGCUCGUCAUCGGAUAAAGACACCUUGGCCUCCCCAGGUACCAACAGUGGUGACUUCAACCAUUUUCCUGAUGAUCCUGAGUUUGCGGAUAUUAUCCAAAGGGCAGAGCAGGCUAUUGAGAAUGGCGUCUUUCCAGAGCGGAUUUCCCAGGGUUCCAGUGGGAGCUACUUUGUCAAAGAUCCAAAAGGGAAAAUCAUUGGUGUUUUCAAACCAAAGUCUGAGGAACCAUAUGGCCACCUGAACCCCAAAUGGACCAAAUAUUUUCACAAGCUGUGCUGUCCUUGUUGUUUCGGCCGAGGCUGCUUGUUGCCGAACCAGGGUUACCUCUCAGAGGCUGCAGCCUCGCUGGUUGAUACCAAGCUCGGUCUGGGAGUGGUGCCGAGAACGAAGGUGGUGUAUCUGGCUAGUGAGACGUUCCACUACAGCGCCAUCGACAGGGCCAAGUCCAGAGGGAAGAAGUACGCCUUAGAGAAAGUCCCCAAGGUGGGACGACGCUUUCACAGAGUGGGCCUGCCACCCAAGGUGGGCUCAUUUCAGCUGUUUGUGGAGGGUUACCGUGAAGCAGACUACUGGCUGCGGCGCUUCGAGGCAGAACCUCUGCCAGAGAACAUCAGGAAGCAGCUGCAGUCACAGUUUGAGCGGCUUGUAGUGUUAGACUACGUUAUUAGGAACACAGAUCGAGGAAAUGAUAACUGGUUGAUCAAGUACGAGAAGCCAGGAGAAGGAGAUGAAGGAGAUGGACAAAAGGAUCCAGAGUGGCCACAGAGCAGCACAGACUCAUGCAUCAAGAUUGCAGCAAUCGACAACGGCCUGGCCUUCCCUUUCAAACACCCAGACGAAUGGAGAGCUUACCCGUUCCACUGGGCGUGGCUCCCCCAGGCUAAGGUGGCCUUCUCCCAGGAGACCCAAGACCUGGUUCUGUCCCGCCUAUCUGACAUGAACUUCGUCCAGGAUCUCUGUGAGGACCUCUAUGAGAUGUUCAAGACAGAUAAAGGCUUUGACAAAACCAUGUUUGAGAGACAGAUGUCUGUUAUGAGGGGUCAGGUGCUGAACCUGACCCAGGCGCUGAAGGAUGGGAAGAGCCCCAUCCAGCUGGUGCAGAUGCCCCGGGUGGUAGUGGAGCGCAGCCGCUCAGGAGGUCAGGGACGUGUGGUCACUCUUGGCAACGCCUUCACGCAAACCUUCCACUGCAAGCGGCCCUUUUUCUCCUCUUGGUAGACUGAGAGGGGUGAGGAGGGGGAAGAGCUGAGGGGAGACACCUUGGCAAGAAGAGAAAUGAAGAGGAAAACAUGAUGAUAGAAUGUAAGACAGAAAAAAUUGCACUCAUGAACAUUUCUCAUUUUGUAAAGAGAGUGCAGACAAAAUUGGGAGCUGAAGAGAUUGGCAUACCAGUGUCUCACUGAGACCUUGGUGCUGUGUUGCGGUUACCAUGGUGACGUGAUUGGAUAAUCGACUUUUCCACCGAGAUGGGUUUUGUUUAUUGUUAGGCAGAAAGGUUUUUUUUGUUUGUUUGUUUGUUUUUUUACGCACCCAAAUGGCCAAAGAACAAGCACUUUCAAACCACAAACUAACAGAUCUGUGGUCCAGGAGUGUUUGGGAAUAAAAGGACUGGUUUCACAGAUCUCUCCAGAAAGUGAUUUUGUUUUGUUUUGUUUUUUUUUUAAUCUGGGACAUUGUUGUUCCUGGUCUGGGAUAAAGUCUAAGAACGUGCUUUGCCUUGUAGGAUUGCUUAUUAAAAUAUAGAUGUGCACUUGCACUGAUGGAAGUGUUUGACUAGCGCUUCAUAACUGGGUCAAACCAUCCUUUACCCAGUGUUAGUUUUCAAAACCACAUCCGUUAAACAAACACAAACCCAGUGUCUUCAAGUGUCGCUACUGCCAAAAUCUGAUUGUGGAAGGAAUAUUGAAAAACCUCAAGAAAAGAAUCUUGUUGAAACUUGAAUAUGAAAUCUGGAGAAGCAGGAUUAGUAAUAAAUACAUUGCUUGAAUGUAAUCUGUUUACGGUUUCUAUACGGUUUCUUGCUCCUAAACAUUUCAGUAUGAGUGAAUGCUGUCAAAAAUCAACUUUUCUCGUAACAAUGAAUGUAUUUGUUGUUUGACACAUAUUUAAUUGCUGGAAAGCAACUUUCUCUCAAACCUCGUGGCUUGGGGGGGUGGCACCUUGUCUCUCCCCUUAGUAACACAUUAUAUGAAGAGGAAAAUCAACACCGACGACAAUAUUUCACAUUUGCUCAAUGCCGUUGUGUUUUCUUAUGUAUGCAUCUUGAAAUUUUUAUUCCAACUCAAUGAUUGUUGAAAAGUUGUAUAUUUAACAGAUGAAAAAAUAAAAUUUGGGAAGUUUGAA